CUUUGCAACAUGGUUUUGAUUUGGACUCAGUUUGGUUUAAAACACAAAAACCUUAAGUGUAAGGUUCGUGUUAUACACAGAAAUGACAGCUGGAUACUGGGGCAAGCGCGGGUGGUCCCGGAAGUGCACUGUCUGUCCAUCAAGGCCAUGGGGAAGGAUUACUACAAGAUCCUGGGGAUCCAGUCGGGUGCCAAUGAAGAUGAGAUCAAAAAGGCCUACAGGAAAAUGGCCCUCAAGUUCCACCCUGACAAGAACAAGGACGCCAACGCAGAGGAGAAGUUCAAGGAGAUCGCGGAGGCCUAUGAGGUGCUGAGUGACCCGAAGAAAAGGGUGAUCUACGACCAGUAUGGAGAGGAAGGUCUGAAAGCGGGUGGAGGGGGAUCGACCGGAGGGCAGGGGAACACCUAUCACUACACCUUCCAUGGGGACCCCCACGCCACCUUCGCCUCCUUCUUCGGGGGCUCCAACCCCUUCGACAUCUUCUUCGGCCAUGGCCGCUCGAGGGGCACCACCAACGGCUUCGGCGACCACGACAUGGACAUCGACAUGGAGACCGACGACGACCCCUUCAGCUCCUUCAGCCGCUUCGGCUUCAACGGCCUCAACGGCUUCCACCACGGCAGCGGCGGCGGCGGGCGGCGGCUGCACUCAGAGCCCCUGCGCGGCCGGCGCAAGGUGCAGGACCCGCCGGUGGUGCACGAGCUGCGCGUCUCCCUGGAGGAGGUCUUCCACGGCUGCACCAAGCGCAUGAAGAUCACCCGCCGCCGCCUCAACCCCGACGGCCGCACCCUGCGCACCGAGGACAAGAUCCUCAACAUCGUCAUCAAGAGGGGCUGGAAGGAGGGCACCAAGAUCACCUUCCCCAAGGAGGGCGACGAGACCCCCGAGAACAUCCCCGCCGACAUCGCCUUCGUCCUCAAGGACAAGGGACACCCGCACUUCAAGAGGGACGGCGCCAACAUCAUCUACACUGCUAGGAUCAGUCUUAAAGAGGCUCUGUGUGGUUGCACGGUGAGCAUUCCCACCAUGGACAACCGAGUGAUUCCCCUGCCCUGUGCCGACGUUAUCAAACCCGGGACAGUCAAGAGACUGAGGGGGGAGGGGCUCCCCUUCCCAAAAAACCCCUCCCAGCGUGGGGACUUGAUAGUGGAGUUUGUGGUGCGCUUUCCUGACAGGAUACCCCCACAAUCCAGAGAAAUCAUCAAACAGCACCUACCUGUGUCCUAGGACAGCAGUGGACUGAACCUCUGGGAUUUCUCUCUGUCUCUCUCUCUCUAUCUCUCUCUCUCUCUCUCUCUCUUUUUUAUCAUACUUAUUUCAUGGACACUAAUAUUUAAUCGGAAUGAUACAAGGAAAAUAAAGUGCCACAAGGAACUUAAUCGGAGUUUGUUUUAUUAUCUUUUUACGUGAAGAUGUUACUUUUUUUACACGCGAGUGGAAGUGGCCAUGUGGACUGAUCUCUGUGGAAGGACUGCAGGGUUCAACAGGGCUCUGUGCUAGAGCCCUCUGCUUUUUCACCUAGGAUGUGUUUUCUUAAAUGCUCUGUUUUAUAAAGACUGUUUUAUCCCUCUCCCAUUCUUGUAUUCAAGGAAUGGGUCAAAGGCAAACUCCUUAUUAGCAGAAAAAACAAAGUAAUUUAGGCUUCGUUUGAAUUUUCCAAAGGGAGCUUGAAAUUGGAUUGUAAACUCUAUCUAGAGGAAGCUAGAGGACUGCUGUGAUGUCCUUUGUUGCCUUCAUUUGUCCCAGAUAAACAAUAUCAACUGUUUCCAAUGUUCUGAAUGUUCAAUAAAAAAAAACAUGUGAAACCUU